CAGCGCUCUCUCUGCCUGCCCGGCCCCUUCCCUGUGCUGAUCACCUUCCUGCUUUGGGCUCCCUGUGCUGUCCGCUCUGCCCCUCAGUUUACCUCCAUGGCCCCGAGCCCCCCUCGGCCUCUUGCACCGCCAGCGAGCAUUUAUGAAGCGCCUGGUGUGUGCCAGGCACUGGGCUCAGCGCUGGGGAUACACACCAGGAUGCAAAGACCACCCUGCCCUGGCGGAGCUCCCAGUCUGGGGGGUGGGAAGGGGGGCGGAAGCAGGCUGUGGACCCAGAGAUGGAGACGGCUCUGCCUUCGAAGGACUAAGCUUUUCCCCAAGAAGAAGAAGGUUGGAAGAGCCCAGAAUGGCACCUGUGCUUCUGACAGCCAGGGCCUGUCAGGAGUCAGUGACCUUCAAGGACGUAGCCAUAGACUUCACCCAGGAGGAGUGGGGGCACCUGGACUCUUCCCAGAAGGAACUGUACAGGGAGGUGAUGCUCGAGAACUAUAGCAACCUGGUGUGCCUGGGACUUGCAGCCUCCAGACCAGACCUGAUUUCCCAUUUGAAGCAAGGGGAAGCGCCUUGGGUGGCAAGGAGAGAUGUGGAGGCAGGCACGUGGCCAGAUUGUGAGACUGGGACUGAAACCAAGGGAUCAACCAUAAAGCUGGAUAUUUCUUUAAGAGAAUCAUUCCCAGAAGGACUCACAAAGCAUUUUUCUUGUAUCUCCCAGUUCAGAGGAGUUUGGCAAUGUUCUUCCAGUUUAGGGAAGCAAGAAAACAAUAAGGAGAAAUAUGCUAAGACGAUAAAAAUCUCUAGGAGCAAAACUUCCAGUAAUGUGAGAGGUCCUGAAUGUUACAGAUACGACAGAAGCCUAAGUCCAUCUUCCGUCCUUUUUCAACAGCAAAGAGUUUCUCUGGGAGAGCAUUCUCAUCAAUGUGAUACUCAAAGAAAGAUCUUCAGAGUGUGUUCAGACCCAAAUAAGUGUAAUAAAAUUUACUCAAGGAAGACAUUUUGGAAGCCUAAUAAAUGUGAGAAAUUCUUCAAUCACAAUUCUGGCCUUAAUGAGGCCAAUAGAAAACAUGUUGAUGAGAAACCUUACCAAUACAAAGAAUGCGAAAGAGCUUUCAAUCAGAGCUCAUCCCUUUCUAUUCCUCAGACAAUCCAUCUAAGAGAGAAAAGUCGUAAACAUAAUGAAUGUAUUUCAGGACUUGAUGAAGGUCAGAAAAUUCGUGCUGGAAAGAAAAUUUACGAAUGUAAUGAAUAUGGGAAAGCCUUCCACCAGGGAACAGAAUAUACACAGAAUCAGAGAGUUCAUUCUGAAGGGACUUUUUAUGAAUGUAUUGAGUGUGGGAAGGUCUUUGCUUGGAAUUCAAGACUUGCUUUGCAUCGACGAAUUCAUACUGGAGAAAAACCUCAUGAAUGCAACGAAUGUGGGAAGGCCUUCAACCAGAGAAUUCACCUUACUCAACAUCAGAAAAUUCAUACUGGAGAAAAACCUUUUGAAUGUAAUGAAUGUGGGAAAAAGUUCAACCAGAAAAUACACCUUAUUCUGCAUCAGAGAAUUCAUACCGGAGAGAAACCUUAUGAAUGUCAGGAAUGUGGGAAGGCCUUCCGCAGGGGAGAGCAACUUACUCGACAUCUGGUAAUUCAUACUGGAGAAAAACCUUUUGAAUGUCAUGAAUGUGGGAAGGCCUUCUGCCAUAGAAUACAACUUGCUCAACAUCAGAGAAUUCACACUGGAGAGAAACCAUAUGAAUGUAAUGAAUGUGGAAGAGACUUCAGUCGCAGCACAUACCUGACUGAACAUCAGAGAAUUCAUACUGGAGAAAGACCUUUUGAAUGCAGUGAAUGUCCAAAAGCCUUCCGCUGCAAAAGACUACUUACUCAACAUCAGAGAAUUCAUACUAGAGAAAAACCUUAUGAAUGCAGUGAAUGUGGGAAGACCUUCUGCCAGAAAUCAGGACUUAAUCAACAUCAGAAAAUUCAUAUUGGAGAGAAAAAUCUUAUGAAUUUAAUGAAUAUGGGAAGUUCUGAGUCAGUGACCUUCAAGGACGUGGCCAUAGACAUUAUCCAGGAGGAGUGGGAGCACCUGAACUCUUCCCAGAAGGAUCUGUACAGGGAGGUGAUGCUCGAGAACUAUAGCAACCUGGUGUGCCUGGGUAAUGAAUGGCGCUCUUACACUUUCCUAGUCACCAGUGGAGUGAAGCAAAGUGGUGUGCCUGCUCCAGUGCUUUUUAGCCUGAUGUUUUCAGCCAUGUUGUCAGAUGCCUUCAAUGAGGAUGAAUGUGGCAUCAAGAGAACAUCUGUAGGAAUACGUCUCCUUAAACGAGAUAUACACCAAAACUACCUCAGACGAUCCACUAACCUAAGAAAAUGUGAUAGAAUCUAUUCAAAGAAGAUAUUCCCAAAGUACAGGGAAUGUGGGAAAUUCUUUAAACAUAAUUUAGAAUUGUUUGAAAAUUGGAGGCUACAUAAUGAAGAGAAACACUAUCAAUGUAAUGAAUGUGGGAAAGGCUUCAGCCAGAGGGCCAGUCUUAUUCAACAUCAUAGAAUUAAUACUGGAGGGGUGGCUAGCUGUCAUACAGGAGAGAAACCUUACUAAUGCAGUGUGUGUGGGAAGGCUUUCCGAUGGAGCACAGGUUUUUCUCAACAUCAAACAAUUCAUACUGGAGAGAAACCAUAUACAUGUAAUGAAUGUGGGAAAGCCUUCACCCAGAAUGCAGGCCUUUCUUUGCAUAAGAGAAUUCAUGCUAGACAGAAACCUUAUGAAUGUGAAGAAUGUGGGAAGGCAUUCUGCCAGAGUUCACAACUUAAUGAACAUCAGAAAAUUCACUCUGGCGAGAAACCAUAUGCAUGUAACAUAUGUGGGAAGGCCUUCCAUAGUAGCACAUACCUUACUCGACAUCAGAGAAUUGAUACUGGAGAAAAACCUCAUGUAUGUAGUGAAUGUGGGAAGGCUUUCACCCAGAAUGCAGGACUUUCUUUGCAUAAGAGAAUACACGCUGGGGAAAAAACUUAUGAAUGUGAUAAAUGUGGAAAGGCCUUCUACCAGAGCUCACAUCUUAUUAAACAUCGGACUAUUCACAGUGGUGAGAAACCCUUUGAAUGUAAUGAAUGUGGGAAGGCCUUCUGCCUGAAAACACAGCUUAUUCAACAUCAUAGAAUUCAUACUGGUGAGAAACCAUUUGAGUGUAAUGUAUGUGGCAAGGCCUUUAGUCAAAGGACAGAACGGCUUUCUUUCCGCUUGAGCACACACCUUACUCGGCACAAAAGGAUUCAUAUUGGUGAGAAACCCUAUGAAUGUAAUGAAUGUGAGAUGGCCUUCUGCCUGAAAGCACAACUAACUCACCAUCAGAGAAUCCAUACUGGAGAGAACUUUUAA